AUGCCACUUCCGACCUUUACCGCUGAAACACCUAUCCUAGAAGAACCGGCUUGGGUGUUACCCGUCCGGACUGUUAAAUGGUCUCCUGCAAGCAGGGCUGUGCCCUUGAAGACCACGGGCCCUUUGUUCUUUUCCCAAUCCCUGUUUGAUGAUGGAGAUACUGUUGUGUCCUCGCUGGACAUUGUGGAGCCUUCGGUCAGGCCUAGAAGGCCGAAGACUGGCACCCCGACAUCUCAUCCCCGGCUGACCCGUCAGAAGAAAAGCAAGGAAUGGAUGGCUCUCCUUGAUAUUCUUGAGGCUAAACCAGUGAUGGAUAUGCCGGCUAAGGAGGCUGAACUGCUCCAAUGGAUUGAGGACUUUGGGGAGCAGUACGAACAAGGAUCUUUGGAGUGCUGGACCUUGAAUAGGAUAUGCCAACUUCUGGAGCGGUCUAAAGAUGACACCCUUGGAGUGAUCGAGGCGAUUGAGGCUGUUCUGGCUGGUUUCCGCAAACAGAAUCCUGGUCCCAAGUCCCUCCUCAUAGGUCAAGCCAACAUAACUUCGUACCGAAGCGAAGUGCGUACUUGGUUGCUGGACCGUGACGAAUCCAUCUGGCUGUUGCAAGAAACCCAUGUCCCUGAAUCAGGUACUAAAGCCCUGGUCAACAAAUUCCAAUCUGUUGGCAGACAAACAUGGGUAGGGCCGGCCGCUCUGACCCAGGGAGGAAGCUCAGGAGGACUUCUCACUCUUGCACCCUCGCAUCGCAAUGCUGCCACAGGCCCGGCCUUUAUGUCUGAAGGCAAGGGGUUUGUUUCUGUUUCGAUUCGAUUUCAGGGCUGGGAUCUCUUGUUAGUUAACUUGUAUCUCCAGUCAGGAGUGGGCCCGACUGGUGGACUCAACCCGGAGAUCCUUUCUCGUCUGGCAGCGGUCCUUGACCAAACCAGCACCCAGUGGCUGGUGCUUGGUGACUGGAAUUGUUCCCCGUCCGAAUUGCUCCGCCUAGGGUUUGUUUAUAAAGUGAAGGGCCAGGUUGUCGCCCCUAAUGGUCCUACCAUUAACACUGGAGGCACCUUGGAUUAUGCUGUUGCCUCCAAGAGGAUGGCCCCAUUGCUCUCCGUCUCGUCCUCUUGGGAAGUCCCAUUCAAACCGCAUUGCGCUGUGACGGUGGAGCUCAGGGUUGGGGUUGCAGAUCUGCCUGUUCGUCAGCUCAAGGGCUUCCCGUUGGAACCCACUGCCCUCUGCCCGGACGAAUUGUCCAUGCCGGAAGUCCAACCUGGUGGCCUUUGGGAUUGGUCCCGACCGAUUGAUUAUGAAUGGGCUUCUUUCACUGCUGGGGUGGAAGAACAACUCUUCUCUGUGCAGGCAGGUAGAGGGUGGAAGCUGGAGGUCUCUUUCUCGCCACUCGUGAAGACCACCAGCCCGGAAAAACUCUGGAAAGGGUCGAGCCCGGCUUUUUGGCAAUCCUUCCUCACCUGGACCUCUAAAGCCCUGGGCACUAAUCCUGACCCUAGAAUCACCCCCCUCUUCGUGGAGGCGAAGAAUCGCAUACCUGAAUUCUGGUCUGAAAUGGCCUCUUGUACUGCUCAGGCCUUGCAGGACCUCCUAGGUGCUCCUGACAUGCAAAGCCAUCACCUUGCACUUGAGAUUAUCGCACACCAGGGGCGAUCAGCCUUGAAAGAGGCGGUGCGCAAGAGUGAUGAAGCUUACUCGCAAUGGUUGCAGGAAGCUUGCAAAGGGGGUAUGCGAGGCCUGUACAAGGCUUUGAAGUCUGAAGAUUCCAUCCCGGACAGGCCAUACAGAAACAUACCACUCGAAAUUCGCCCGCACAUCAGGCGGGCUCACUGGGCUGACGUGUGGCAGCCCAUGCCUGGCAAUGAGGUCAAUCCCAAUGUUGAUUUUGAUUGCCUCAGGGAUGCUUCUGUAAGCCAAGCCAAAACCCUUCCUCCCAUAACAGGUCCAAUGGUGGCGAAGGUGAUCAAACGAAUGCCGACUAAAGCUAUUGGUGCAGAUGGGUGGAGUGUCCAGAUGCUUAAAUGUCUUGCCCCCUUGCAGCUUGAAAGAUUGGCCCAAUUCUUUAAUACCUGGGAGGGUCAGGGUGCCUUCCCGACCCAGCUCUCGGUCGUUCUGGUUGCACUCAUUAACAAGUCUGAGGAUGAGGAGCGCCCAAUUGGACUGACGCCAGUCCCAUACCGAUUGUGGGCAAAGAUACGUUGGCCUGUCUUUGAGAAAUGGCUCCGGGAAUAUGCUGCCACCCAGGAUUGGGACAGGGCAAAGAAGGGCCUUUCAAGUCUUGAUGUUGCGUUGCGCCGUAAGCUGUCGCAUGAAAUUCUCCAUCGGAAAAAGCGACAUUCAGUGACAGUGCUUUUGGAUUUAAAGGCCUUUUAUGAAAAUGUCCGACAUGAUAAUUUCGUCAAGCAGGCCAUUUCCCUCAAAGUUCCGCCGUUGAUCCUGCAUGCAGCAAUGUCGCUAUACUCUGCUCAGCGCUUGAUCAGUGCUGAACACUGUGUCUCUGGUCCGAUCAAGCCCACCAAGGGCUUAGUUGCGGGCUGCCCAUUUGCGCCUGGCCUCAGCAAGAUCCCUUUUGACGAGAUCCUGCGCCCGGCAUGGGUUUCUGGCCUUGCCAAAACCAUUGAUCUUUACAUUGACGACACUAGCUUUGACACUGAGGCUGGUAACCCCCACACAGCAGCGCGCCGGGCGGUGCAAUUGUAUAAGGCUGUGGUAGGAGGUUUGACAGCUGCUGGCCUCCCAGUCAGCCUGGGCAAGACAGCUUUUGUAUGCUCGUCUCCAAAAGUUGAAGCUGCCCUUAAAGAGUAUCUUCCUGAAUCUGAUCAAAUCAAGAAUGCCGCGAAGGACCUGGGGAUUGAUUGUACGGCUGGGCGUGGAAGGCGCAUUCCGUUCCACCGUAAAAGGUUUGGGAAGGGCGUUAAGCGCAAGGCUAGGCUCUCGACCCUGCGUGUGAAAUCGAUGCCAGCUAGGGUCAGAGCCCUGAGGGCGGGGGUCCAAACUGUGGGCCUCUAUGGCCAUGAGGCAGUUGGGCUUGCGCCAAAGCGUAUGCAUUGGUUGCGUGCUUCCUUCGCACAUGAAUUGGGGCGAAUGUCUUUGGGCUCGGUUGACCUCACCAUUGACCAUGCGUGCCCUAAGCGGCCGGACCCGGCCUUUAUUAUCAUUUCCCAGCAUUUCAAGGCCAUUCACAGGCUUCUGGGCUUCAUUCCCGAUAGCCAAAGGCAGCACUUUGAUGAUGUCUUGCCGGGUAUGUGGCUUGAGUACUCACAGGUGGAGUACCCCUGGAAGCGCGCUGCAGGGCCGGUUGGGGCCCUCCUGUGUUACCUGCUUGACUUGGGUUGGACCCCGGUCAGUGCGGACACUUGGAAAUGCCCUGAACAACCGCACAGCGUCACCACCAAGGUAGGCAUGCACCACCUCCUUUGCUCCCUUUCUAAGGAAACAGAUAGGUGGAGGCUCGCACGUAUAGCCCAGCACGACAUGCUUGAACCUCUGAGUGUGGGAAUUGAUUGGGCCCCCCUCAGAAAGCUUAGGAAUAAGAUGGCAGGCCAGGAGAGGUCAGGACUCAUGGCUGUUUGGCAAGGAGCAAUUCGUGCUGAUCCUUGUGCCACUUGCCUGAGGUGCGGCUGUGCUGCUACCAUGCAACAUGUCUUAUGGGAGUGUGACUGGUGGCAAACCAACCUCCCGGAACCGGCUUCCUUUCCUAGAUUCCGGCAAGAGUGGCCCAUUUCGUCACUGUGGGCCAGGGGCCUGCUGCCGAUUUCGCCUUACCCUGAUGAUGGGGAAUGGGUACGAACUACUGGUGCCUGGUGUGAUGGCCAGAUCAUUUGUGGCGAGGCGAUAUACUUUGCUACUGAUGGCUCCCCGGGGAAAUCCAAGGACCCCAGGUUCCAUCGGUAUACCUGGGCUGCGAUUGCCUUUAAGCUUGAAGGGGAUGAGCCCGUCACGAUCGCGACAGCUGUCGGCUCACUGCAAUCUCCGCUAUCGGUGUUCCGGGCGGAGGCAGCGGCUGUCAAGUUUGUAGCUGAGCAUAGUGAAGGGAACGCCGACCUCACCUUGGAUUGCAAGGGCAUCCUGCCCAGAGUGAAUGGUACACCUUCCAUCCAGUCUGCCGACCUCUUCGACCCCAUUCGACUGCAUGCACAGAGACUCAGCCUUAACUGGGUACCCUCGCAUUUAACGGAAGAACAAUUCCGAGCAAAGUUUGGUGCUAACCAACUUUGGAGGCGACGUGCUAACGAAAUUGUGGACCAGCUUGUUGGCACGGCUGCCGAAGUUAACACCUUACUGGCCAGGAGAGCUGCAGCUCUCCUUUCGUAUGACAAGGACCAAGGACCGCUGGUUCAGUGGCCUGACAAAGAGCAACGAAAGCGGAGAAGGGUGGAACCGCAGGAUGAGCAAGCCCCUGAGCCUGGGCCACAACAAGUGCAACCCCCUGAGCCCUUGGUGGAUAACCAGGCUCAGGGGAGGAGGAAUCCUGGAGUUGUGCUUCGGGAAAAUCCUCAGCUCGAGCAGCACAAUCCUGUGCACCGCCCCCCAGCCGUGGUGGCAAACCAGGCUGAGAGGGAUGAACCUCCUGGAAUUGUCCUUCGGGAGAAUCCCCAUGCACCUGGGGCUGGUCCGGUUUUGGGUGCCCCAGACCAGGACAGCUGCUCUGAAGAAAGUGAAGAGGAGCCAAUGGUGCCUGAUCCCAUUGUGCAUCCCGAGCCUCCUCCAGCACCGCCAGCUGCGCCUAUGUUGCCUGCCCCGUUGAACUUUGACGAUAUGGAUCAAGAAGCGGGCGCAGCCUUUGCUAUUGCUGAGAGGGCUCGCAAUACCAAGCCAGGACUGGUGGCUUUCAAAUCCGAUCUGGGCUAUCCUGGUGUUUUCCAGGCCCUACCCAAGGACCUGAUCCACGUGUGGUUCAACGACACGGGGGACAGCACUGCGGCGUAUAUCCACAAUGGAAGAACCAGAUUCGGAUAUGACGCUGGUGGGGGCUACGUCUUGAAGGUUGGGACGAAGCAGGCCUUUGGUGAUGAGGUGGCGAUUUCGGCCUUGCUGCCUAAGGUGGCAGCCACCAUCAUUGGGGCUGGAUCUACGACACUGCAGGUGCUGCUCUCUGGGCGACCAUGGGAGUUCAGGUCCCAUUUGGUGGCGUGGUCGAUGGUGGAAAAAAUCGAGCUCCUCACGGAUUAUGGUUCUCGGAACCAGAUCCACCCUCAGUGGUCCUUGUAUGCCUUCGCCCUCCUUUUGCAAUUGAGCCGUCAUUUUGCUCUUCGUGAUGUGUCAAAAACCAACCUGGGAAUUAAGCCAGGACUCGGUGCUGCGACGCCCAUGUUGUGUUUUUUCGACCUCGCGGAUUGGCACUUCGAAGGGCUUAAUGCUGGAAGGUGGAUUCCCAAGUAUAGCUUGCGCAGCUUCGUCGAGACCCUUCGAUGUGUCUGUGACGUUACGCCACUGGAGCCGUAUCUCCGCAGGCAGGCGGUGGUCCCUUGCCUCAACGAGAUUAUUGCAGGUCUCCCCGCUGCGCUCAAGGCAAACUUGGAAAUCCAAAUGGUCCUCAUGGACGGCCGACUUUCUGAUUGGGCUCACCUUGCUGCAUUGGCUAACCAAUAA